AUGGGCGAUACCAAAGAGAUUCGGUAUCUGGAUGAUGAAGAGAUUGCAUCCUUUGCUGGAGAGCUCGAUAAGAAUAGAGAUGGAUAUAUUGAUUAUCACGAGGUAGAGCACAGAUUGGACCUUGUCCACGACGAGAUUGCACCCAAUCCACAGCCACAUCACUUGCACCAUAACGACAAAGAUGACGAAGCAAGACAUCAGUUUCUCCGGAGUUUGAUGGGAUCCGACGAAGAUCGCAUUUCACGAGGUGAAUUUGCAUCGCGAGUGCGUGAAUGGAAGAUUCCUUCUUUGAAACAAGACUCGGAAGAUGAGAAGCGUGAUGAUGACCUGCUCAAAUCAAUGAGCAUCUGGCGUCGAAUACGCGCUUACUGGGCUGUGAGAGGACCGGAUGUCUUGUUCGUCGCUCUGGUAGUCUCAACGCAGCUAGCCUUCGGAAUCUGGCAACUCGUCAAGUACGUAACCGAGACAAAAUAUCGUGCAGCAUUCGGAUGGGGCGUCGUGCUCGCCAAGACGUGUGCCGGUGCACUGUACCCAACAAUGUUCUUUCUGCUUUUGAGUAUGUCCAGAUACUUUUCCACGUUCAUGAGACGUUCUCCACGGAUCUCUCGCAUCAUCAACUUUGAUCUAUCUCAGAAGUUCCACAUUCGCAUCUCCAUCGUCGCUCUAUGCCUAGCUACUCUUCAUGCCAUUGGUCAUUUGGGCGGCUCCUUCAUUUGGGGCAGCAGAACCGACAACGAAUCCGACGUUGCCAACAUCCUCGGUCCGGGCAUGGUCCCGAGACCGUACCGAGACUAUGUCGCUUCGCUGCCCGGUUGGUCUGGAAUCACUACUCUUGGCCUGUUUUAUGUAUUAUCCAUCUUGAGCAUUCCAAAAGUACGAAGAUGGAACUAUGAGAUUUUUCAGCUUGGCCAUCUUCUCAUGUACCCCAUUAUUGCACUGCUCUGCGCUCACGGUACGUUGGCGCUCCUCCAGUGGCCAAUGCUGGGAUACUUUCUUGCCUUCCCGGCUCUGCUGGUCGUGGUUGAACGUGUUAUCCGUGUGGCAAUGGGUUUCCAUCGGAUUCCUGCUACGCUUACCGUUCUUGAUGACCAAACACUCGAGAUCAAGACUACGAUUCCCAGUGAGAGGCUGUGGAAGUACCGAAGUGGCCAAUAUGUAUUCCUGCAGAUCCCCAGCAUCAGCUUCUUCCAAUGGCAUCCCUUUACAGUAUCUGCGUGUAUUGGAAGAGAAAUGUGGCUUCAUAUAAAAGUCGACGGAAAUUGGACAAAGAAGUUAAAGGGUCUGGCGGGUGAGUCUGGAGACAGUCACAUACUCGUCGGCAUCAACGGACCUUUUGGUGCACCUGCGCAGCGCUUUCACGAUUUUAAUCAUUCCAUCAUUGUUGGGUCUGGUAUAGGUGUUACGCCCUUUUCGGGAAUCCUCAUGGAUCUUCAGACAGAAGAUAAUCGGCUACAUGGUGGCCCAGAGACACAAAGACAACUAUCCACUGGGCCGGGAGAACGGCGCCUCUCGGCUGCACAGCCACGAGGGCCGGGUCUCUCCACAACAUCAUCACCGAUUUCAAAGAGCACCACUGCCGUCGGGGAGACGGGAGCCAUGAACUAUCAUCACUCACAGAAAAAGACGGAACCGUACGGCUCCUAUCGGCGCGUCGACUUUCACUGGAUGGUGCGGGAUCGCAACCAGCUGCUGUGGUUCUCGGACCUCCUCAACGCCGUGUCGCGCGCGCAGGUCUGGCACCGGCAACAUGACCCCGACUGCCACUUGCACAUCAACAUGACGACCCACGUGACGCAGAAGCGCAAAAACAUUGCGACCCACGUGUUUAGAUGGCUACUGGAGAUGCACCGAACCAAGGAACACCCAGAGUCGCCGCUGACCGGGCUCAUGAACCCAACACACUAUGGCCGGCCGGACUUUGUGCAGAUUUUGGAGAGCCACUAUGAGGACAUGAAAAAGUUCAAGUAUACGGACAGGGAGAAGGCGGGAGUAGGUCUUGAGGACAGGUUGAAAGUGGGUGUCUUUUUCUGCGGAACUCCGGUCAUUGGAGAGAUUCUGGCAGAUCGCUGCCGCAUGCUGUCAGCUCGGGGCCGGGCGGACGGGACAAAGAUUGAGUACUACUUUAUGAUGGAAGUAUUUGGCUAG